AUCCACGGACAACAGACAAUUGGCCAUCUGCGUCUUGCUGAAGACUCUACGUAUACCACUGCACAUAAUCCACCAGCCUCACUUGCCUGCUAUCCAGAAUCCUGAACUUGCGCGAUGUUGCUGCGCAACAAGACAGGCCCGGCCCAAGUGGGCCGGCAGGCCGCACACGCGACAAUUCAGCGUCCUGUGCUUGUACCUAGGGGCCUGGCGGUGCGAGCACUCGCGACGGCCGCUCCCCCAGCGCCUAUCGACGACAAGACGGUGCCAGAAGGGCACAAGGGCUUGCACAACUAUCUGUACAGCGGCGAUGCCGACAAGGAGCACGAGCAGGAUGCUUACAAAGUCCGCAAGGACGAGGACGAGGGCGGCGUGGUGAUGCCGGUGCCCGCCUACCUGGACACGCGCGACGGCGAGAAGCCGCUGGGCGUGUACUGCGUGUACGACAGCGCGGGGGCGGCGGCGUACGUGGGCUACAGCCGCAACAUGGUGCUGGCCAUCAAGGGCCACCUGGCUCGUGUGGGUCCGGCCCGCUGCGCCGCCGUGCGCGCCACGGUGUACGGCAACAAGGCCAUGGCCAGCCGCGCCAACCUGGAGCGGGGGGUGGCCAGCUGGGUGGAGGAGCAGCUGGGCGGAGUGGUGCCGCCCGGCAACGCCGACCCCCAGCAGCGGGCUCUGUGGGAGGGCGUGGCCGCCACCUCCGCCGCCAGCGGCGACGAGUCUGGGCCGGCGCUGGACGUGAGCCACAUGUCGCCGGCGGAGCGCGCCGCGUACGAGGAGAAGCGGACCAAGAUGCGCAAGGCUAUGGGUGAGAAGAUGGUGGAAGGUGACAAGCCGGGCGGGCAGCCCAACGAGGAGCCGCCGGAAGACCUCGCCACGCGCAGGGCCAAGCUGAUGAAGGCCAUGGACCGCGGUGACUGGUCUGCCGUCAUCGACCAGCAGACGCAGGAGGCGGUGGCGGCACAGCAGCAGGACCAGCAGCAGGAGGGCAGCAGCAGCAGCAGCAGCAGUGGCGGUGGCGCCGCCGGCACGGACGGCGUGGUGUCGCCGUUCAUCCGGGAGGCUACCAUGGACGAGGGGGACCUCAUCAAGGAGCGGCAGCAGGCGGGCAGCAGCGGCCGCAGCGGGCGGGAGCUGUCGGUUGAGGCGGUCACGGCGGCGUUGGACGAGGUGCGGCCCUACUUGGAGGCAGACGGCGGCGAUGUGGAGGUGGUGGAGGUGGAGAACGGCGUCGUGUACCUGAGGCUGCAGGGCGCCUGCAGCAGCUGCCCCAGCCAGAGCGCCACCAUGAAGGGCGGCAUCGAGCGAGCCAUCCGCAACGCCUUUGGAGACCAGGUCCGCGAUAUCCUGCAGCUGGACGCCAAGGAGCCGGCCGCCACCGCGGAGGCGGUGGACCGGCAGCUGGACAUGCUGCGCGGCGCCAUCAGCAACCUGGGCGGCAGCGUGGAGGUGGUGUCGGUGGAGGCGGGCGUGGCCACGCUCAAGUACGUGGGUCCGCCCGCCAUAGGCAAGGGCAUUACUGGCGCCGUGAAGGACACCUUUAAGGAUCUGAAGGAAGUGCGGCUGGUGUGAUGAGGAGGCGGUGAAAGCAAGCCCGCGCCAGCAGCGCAACCAAACAGAAGGUGAAAGCCGCGAACCGCCGAACCGUGUUUUGUAUCAGAUGUCCAGACCCAACUUUGGUGGUUAAGGAUAAGAAAACCUUCAACCUCACUUUGAGCAGCGUGCAACGUGUGUGAGUUUGGGGUAGAUUGCUGGUGUGUACAUCACGCCAGCCUGGCCUGGCCCCUCGCCGACCUGCGCCUUCCUGCCCCGCUCUCUCCGCCACGCAGAUACAAGGGGCCAAAGCCAGUGGGCAAGGGCAUUCAAAACAUGGUGCGGGACAAAUUCAAGAAGCAGCUUCGGGAGGUGCGGCUGGUGGAGGCCUGAUGCGCGUAGUUGUGCGGCGCGGUGCGGUCUCGACGGCGUUCACGGCAUGCAACUGCAUGGACCCAUGACUGACAUGCAUUGAGUGGCGGCAGGCGUAUGCGGCGCGUGGGGCAGUAGCGUGUGGUUUGGUGCAUCGACUGCCGUACACAUUGGUGUGUGGUAUGAAAGGCCGCCAUCAGCUUACAGACGUGCAUUCUUUUUUCCUACUGGAGCGCGAAGAGAUUCGGGGUGCUCGGUCUUUGGAUCACAGGCAGUGCGCCGUUGCAACUGCAGUCCGGGACAUUGUGGGAGGACGUGGGUGGACAUGCGGGCUGCGGUGUGGCACCUUGAGGCUUGGUAGGUUGCGGUGGGCGCGAAUUGUGCAAAAACACCGGACAAGCAACCGAGAGCUGGGCGGGAGUGCUAGACGGGCUUGCGAUAGUCAAGAGCUGCCGAGGUGAAGAGUACCGAGUUGGGACGGAGUUCGAGGUGGGACGGAAUGUUGCGGCCUCGUAACACGCAGCCCCGCUGAUGUGUAUAUGCUUGGAGUGCACUUGGAGAUUUGCAUCGUGGGUGUGCAUGUGUCAGGUGCAGCGCGCACGUGCGUGUGCAACCCAGUGGAACAACCAGGCACAGACACCCAACCAGGCUGCUGGGGCCGCUGCUGUGGAAGCAGGCGGCAGCGUGAUGUGCGGGUUCGCCGCUCGAUGCAGAGCGAAAGGAGGCCAUGUGACUAAGGGCAAGCAUGUGUGCCACUUAGCGUGCCUUGUUGCUGUACAUGCAAUGGCGCCCAAGUUACACCUACUGAGGUGGUGCCGGCGUUUAUAUAUAAGUACCGUAGAAGUACAGGAUUACCUUACACAAAUGUCUCCCCAUUACCGGCUGUACUUGCUGUAACACCCGGCAGAGCCUGAUGUGGGUGGUUGCCACAAAGCCUUCUCACAGGGGCCCGCCAGCUCACGGCCCGCAGCACCUAACCGAGCUCAUGUUGCUGGCAAGGCGCGGGGCGGUUUGACACCCAGGCUCAGGAAUGCACGUCGUGCUCACCACCGUGUAACCCCACACAACAAUCAUC